ACAAAAGAUGGCGGACCUAAAGCUACCGGCGCACAGUUCAUUUCUCAUGGUGAUGGCAUGAAGAUUGAAUUGGACAACAUUCACUUCAGGUAUCCUACUCGCGAUGUCCCUGUCUUCCAGGGCCUCAGUCUCACGAUUGAAAAGGGCCAGUUUGCGGCUCUUGUUGGUGCGUCGGGCAGUGGGAAGAGUAGCAUAGUCUCUCUUCUUGUAAGAUUCUACGACCCUGAUCACGGUCGUAUCCUCUGUAACGGUCAAGACAUCGCGGCCAACAACGUCUACACAUACCGUCGUCAUCUCUCUCUUGUUGCCCAGGAGUCAAGCUUGUUCCAAGGCACAUUACGAGAGAACAUCCUCCUUGGCGUUGAAGACACCAUCGAUGACGCAGCCAUCCAUCGCGUAUGUCAAGAAGCAUCUAUCCACGAGUUCAUCAUGUCCCUCCCAGAAGGAUACCAAACACAGGUAGGCUCCCGCGGGGUAACCCUCUCAGGCGGCCAAAGACAGCGCGUCGCCAUCGCCCGAGCCUUGAUGAGAAACCCUGACAUCUUGCUCCUCGAUGAGGCGACUAGUUCUCUCGACUCAGAGAGUGAGAAGCUGGUACAAGAGGCGUUUGAGAGGGCUGGCAAAGGGCGCACUAUGGUCGUCGUUGCUCAUCGUCUCGCAACGGUACAAAAUGCUGAUGUGAUCUUUGUCCUUGGUGAGGGCAAGUUGAUCGAGAAGGGGAGCCAUGGCGAGUUACUUGCUGCGCGUGGAGUGUACUGGCAGAUGUGUCAGAGCCAGGCUUUGGACAAGUAG